AUGGUUGCGCAGCUAUCUUUAGCCGUUUUCUGUGGGAUAUUCGGCGCCGUAACCGCGGGCCUCAGCGCUCAACAGCGUGGCAAAGUCGACGUCUCCAUGGGCACCAUCAAGGACUCUGCACAAUACGGUGCAAUGCCUUAUUUCGAGGUUAGAAUCUUGUUCAAUCCGAACUCUUGAUUUACUGUUUUUUCAGAUCCCAGUGGACGGACAGAAAUUGACGGUUCCGAAAUCGUUUUACCACUAUUCUGAACGGGAAAUGGCCGCCAACGCCAAAUUUGGAGUGCCAGAUGAAGCCGAACUCAUAGAGACAGACACCCUUUUCGUCGACAAUAGGUUAUUUAUCUCGAACUCUCGAUCAAUCAAAUUUUUUCAGAAAAGAAAUCAACGGAUUAUAUUUGCCUCUUCCAAACAUGGAACCGAUAAAUCUUCAUUUCAUAAAUCAAAGGCGAGUCAGUUCUUAUCACUUCGAAAUUUAAUACAAGUUUUCAGAACGUUUGAAAAAGGUCUUGACACGACGGCGCACGAAGAGUCGCCGAGCAGUUUCCUACAUCAAGCAAAAACGUGCUUCACUUGAUGAUUGAACUAAGUAGAAAGUCGAACUUUCAGAAUCUGCCGAAGCAAGUCGGAGCGCGAGUGCGAGGCAGCGUUGCUCAAAUAUCAUCGUGCUAAAAGCCAUCAACUGCGAAGAGAACGUCAACCACUCCACGAACAACUUCUGACGCUGGUCAGUCACUCUAAAUAGGAAACCAUUUGCAGCGCCGAAAUCGACGAAACAAAUUGUCCGCAACUGCAAUUAAGCGACCUAAGCUAAGACUUCAGGGCGAGCUUUCAUCAUCGGCGAAAGUGCGCGACCGUGAAGGAGAAGGCCUAGGAGUGGUGGUCGGCGUUCCUGGAUACGAUCCGCUCUACCUCGGCGCCGCCCUCGGACACGACAAUAGCCACGACCUCAAAGUUCGGUUUUCUCCGCCAUCCUAG